AUGGUAGUAGUAGCUGCUGCACCUGAUGAAACCCUCCCUGGCUGCACUUCCACUUGUGGAGAUAUCAAAGUUCCCUAUCCAUUCGGUAUAGGCUACUCAUCUACACAUGAUCAACAACCUUGUUUCUUGGAACCUAGCUUCAACCUCGUUUGCAACAACUCCAACUUAAUAUGGGGUAACGUCACAGUUUUAAACAUAAGCGUGGAAGCGCACCACAUGGACGUGAUGUUUUGGGUGGCACGGUUUUGCAAUGAUUCGAAUGACAACAUCCCUUGGAUGACAACAGCUUCGUUCAGCAUCUCAAGGAGCCAAAACAAGUUCCUAACUGUUGGCUGCGACGGUUAUGGCCUUCUCAAUAGCUUUUACGACAACAACACAUAUUCAACAGGGUGCUUAACGAGAUGUUAUGGCAACGACAUGGAGAUUGAUAACGGAACAUGUUCGGGCAUAGGGUGUUGCCAGGUUGAUAUUCCACCUCGCAUGAGGGAUAUCAGUGUAGAAGCAUUUCUCUUCUCCAAUUCAACGAGGGACUGGGGAAUGUGUAGUUAUUCCUUUGUUGCCAAACACGACUCGUACAAAUUUUCUACCACUGACUUGCAAAAUUUCACAUACGAGACUCUUCCUUUGGUUCUUGAUUGGACCGUAGGAGACAAAAAGUGUAGCGGUUUUGAGAGUAAUAGAGGAGAGUACGCGUGCAAGGAGAAUAGCCAUUGCAACGACACAGACACUGACUUUGGUUACCGAUGCACAUGUGAUGAUGGAUAUGAAGGAAACCCAUAUCUUGGCUGCACAGACAUUGACGAAUGUAAGACAGACAAUCAUACAUGCAUAAGUGAACAAAAUUGUCACAACACCGAGGGAUCCCACAUAUGUUUCUGUCCAGAUGGGCAAUCCGGAAAUGGAACAAAGGGAAUAGGGUGCCACAAAAAAGAUGUAGUAUCCAAGGUUCUCAUAGGAGUAGCAGCAACAAUUGUUAUUCUAGUUGUGGGGACUAGUUCAUUGUAUUUGAUAUACCAGAGAAAGAAACUCGUCAAACUUAGAGAGAAAUACUUUAAGCAGAAUGGCGGUUCCAUUUUGCUACAACAGCUCUCUACAAAAGAAAACUCCUCCCAUAUGACUCAAAUUUUCUCAGAAGAAGAACUAAAGAAAGCCACCAACAACUUUGACGAGAGCUUAAUCAUUGGUAGUGGAGGUUUUGGUACAGUUUUCAAAGGGUUUCUGGCAAAUAACAGAACUGUAGCCAUCAAAAAGUCCAAAAUAAUUGAUGAGAGCCAAAAGGAACAAUUCAUUAACGAAGUGGUUGUUUUAUCCCAAAUCAAUCAUAGGAAUGUGGUGAAACUCUUAGGAUGUUGUUUAGAGAGAGAGGUUCCUUUAUUGGUUUAUGAGUUUGUUGAAAGUGGUACCCUUUUUGAUUUUCUACACACCAAAAGAAAGAUAAAUAAUGAAACUUGGAAAACCCGACUAAGGAUAGCCGCAGAGGCAGCUGGAGCUUUAUCAUAUUUGCACUCUGCAGCCUCAAUACCUAUUAUCCACAGAGAUGUCAAAACAGCUAACAUCCUCUUGGAUAACACUUACACUGCCAAAGUGUCUGAUUUUGGAGCUUCAAGGCUAGUUCCACUUGAUCAAACUGAAGUAGCCACAAUGGUGCAAGGUACUUUUGGUUACCUGGAUCCAGAGUACUUGCUUACAAGCCAACUAACCGAGAAAAGUGAUGUCUACAGCUUUGGGGUAGUGCUUGUAGAGCUACUAACUGGGGAAAAACCUCAUUCCUUUGGCAGGCCAGAAGAAAAAAGAAGUCUUUCAAACCACUUUUUGUCUUGCUUGAAGGAGGAUCACCUGUUUGAUGUUCUUCAAGAUGGCAUUGUGAAUGAAGAAAAUCAGAAAGAGAUCAUAGAGGUUGCUAUUCUUGCCGCAAAGUGCUUGAGACUCAAUGGGGAGGAGAGGCCUAGCAUGAAGGAAGUGGCAAUGGAGUUGGAGGCAAUAAGGCAAGUGGCGAAGCACCCAUGGAUCAGUGGAGACCAAAAUCUGGAGGAGAACCAAUUCUUGCUUCAUGAGGCAUCAUCUAGCAUUUUUGAACUUGGUGAUAGCAGCAGCCAUCAAUAUACUGGGUAUGACACCAUGAGGGAUUGUGUAGUAAUUGCCUUGGAUAAUGGACGAUGA